AUGUUUCUAAAUAUAGCUGCACUUCCUGUAUUAACUAUUACUAUACGUAAAAAUCUUAUGAAAUUGGUUGCUCCUCAUCUUAUUCCAAAAGAUAAUUUACAAAUUACUUUACCAACAGCUUUAUUCACAUUAAUAAUUAUUUUACCUUGUGCAACUCUUGCCAUAUGUAAUUCAUUUUCAUUUAUUCAAAAGUGCUACAACAUAAAAUUGAAAUGAUUGUAGGUAUAACAGGAGGAGUAUGUGGAGUAUUCAUUUUACUCACUAUCCCAGCAGCCUUAGUAUUACAAGGUCGUAAAAAACAUAAAGUCAAAUACAUAGAUAAUCCCUACAUUUCAAAAUUCUAACAUCCAUUUUGGAUUUGGACAUUGAUUGUACUUGGUUGUGUAUUUGUGCCAUACAAUCUAUACAUGUAAAUCAAAAAAAUUAUAUGA